CUUAUCUACCAAUGGAUCUUCUAAAUUCUUUGUUAAAUCUAGUGGUGCCUCCAGCAAGCUUGUUCAUGCUAGCAUUUUCAUGGCCAACCUUGUGUUUCAUUGAUGCUUGUGAAAGGCUUUAUCAUACCUUCUAUACUGAAAACAUGCUAGACAAAGUGGUCAUCAUAACUGGAGCUUCUUCUGGGAUUGGAGAGCAAAUUGCCUAUGAAUAUGCAAAGAAGGGGGCUAAUCUUGUGUUGGUAGCUAGAAGAGAAAAUCGACUUUGGGGGAUUAAUGAGAAGGCAAGGCGCCUGGGUGCAAGGCAUGUUAUGGUUAUAGCAGCAGAUGUUGUCAAGGAAGAGGACUGUAGAAGAUUCAUUGAUGAAACAAUCAACUUUUUUGGUCGUGUUGAUCAUCUAGUAAAUGCAGCUACCUUGGGACACACAUUCUACUUCGAGGAAGCCACCGACACUUCCGUGUUUCCUGUUAUCAUGGACAUUAAUUUCUGGGGAAAUUUAUAUCCAACAUAUGUGGCUCUUCCAUUCCUAAGACGAACCCAUGGUCGAGUAAUUGUUAAUGCAUCAAUUGAGACCUGGUUACCUAUGCCAAGAAUGAGCUUGUAUGUUGCAGCAAAAGCCGCUGUAAUCAACUUCUAUGAGACAUUGAGGUUUGAAGUGGAAGAUGAUGUUGGAAUAACAAUCGCAACACAUGGUUGGAUAGGGAGUGAGAUGACUACAGGGACGAUCACUCUAGAGGAAGGUGCAGAGAUGCAAUGGAAGGAAGAAAGAGAAGUGCCGGUCACCGGAGGGCAUGUGGAAGAGUAUGCAAGGAUGAUUGUAGCCGGUGCGUGCCGAGGAGAUCCAUACGUAAAGUUCCCCAGUUGGCAUGAUGUUUUUAUGGUUUUCAAAGUGUUUGCACCUAAUGUCUUAGUGUGGACAUUUCAUUUGCUCUUCACAACAAUUAGUCCAAGAAGAACCUCCUUUAUUGGCACUGGAAGGUCUCUUCUGGAGAGCUCCCCACCAAGAUCUGGAAGACUUCUCUUAGAGUCUUCUCCUCCAAGGAAGCUUAUUACUGGGCCUCCUACCUCCUCAUUUGCUCUUCAGCAGCAGCAGCGGUAG